ACUCACGUGAGUACAUACAAUGGACGCGGGGCUUCACAUUCAUACUAGAAACCAUCAAACAUCACCCCGUUUCAGUGGCAUUGAUGUCCAGACAUUAAUCGCUAAUGAAUGUGGUGUCUAUACUGGGUAGUUUAGGGAUAUGGGCUGUCUUUCUCCUUCAGUUUCUUUGCUCAAUUUCUCUUGCAUUUAGGGCAAUUGCUUAUAUACGGGGCAACUUGCCAAUCCUUAUCGGCGAAGCGCUCACCAAGAGUAUAGGCGCUUAUUGAGUGGAACUGGUCGUUGAGGAUACCACACGAGACGCAAGAUUUGCGGAAUUCGCAACACUUCAUUGGGCCUCAUAUUCAAUCAACAACAGGUCCCCAUCAAAUCCAAA